UGUCCUCCUCGUCUCAUCCUGCCACGAUGUCUCUGCGACUCUCCGUCCUGCUGCUGGUAACCCUGACCUGCUUGGCCCGCUCCGGCUCGGCUCAGACUGUCGACGUCGAGGCGGAGCUGAAAAAGGUCCAGACCGAUCUGGAGGAGCUGAAGGCUGAGAAACAAGCGAUGGUCGAGCGUCUGGAGGCGGCUGAGGGGGAACUGAAGAAACUCAGAGAAACUCCUAAAGUUGCGUUCUCUGCCUCGCUGGGAGGAAACGGCCUACAGAAGACAACGGAUGGAAACGUAGAUCUGGUCUAUAGAGAUGUUAUGACCAACGUGGGCGGAGCUUACAACACUGAGACAGGUGAGUUCACAGCACCAGUUCGUGGAGUCUACUACAUCCGCUUCACAGCCAACGCUCCCACCGACUUCCCCAUGAGCGCCGUGCUCUACAAAAACGGCGGCGAGAUCCAGCUGAUCACUCACGAGCAGUCGUCCGGCGAGGGCAGCGACACUGCGUCCAAUGGCGGCGCUCUGCUGCUGGAGCAAGGAGACACGCUGAAGAUGGUUCUGUGGCACAACACGCACAUCUGGGACAACAGCAACCGCCACAGCACCUUCACAGGCUUCCUGCUGUUCCCCAUGUGAGGGCCGACGUGUCCAAAAAAAUAAUAAUCAAAAAGGAAAUCGGCAGCGACUGAUUCCACCGAAAAAUAUAUAUAAAUAUCUUUGUUCUCUUUAAAUUUUGCAUUAAAAGACCAGCUGGAAUAUU